UAAUAAGUGAUCAAGUACCGGGCAUAGACAAUUUUUUAGCCUACAAUAUGUACAUAUGUCGCGCACGAAAUUUUAUGUGACUUUUGUAUAAAUUAUGAGACACAACUUGCAGUUGACAUCAGUUAACUCGCAGCAGUCAAUUAACUACAAAUUCUAAAAAAAUGAAAUUCCUCAUCUGUUUGGCUCUCUUCUUCGCCGUCGCCCAGGCUAACCCUGGCUUUGUGGCACCUUUGACUUAUUCCGCUGCUGCUCUGCCUUCCGUCGCCACCUACGCUGCCGCGCCUUAUGCUGCCGCUCCUUAUGCCGCUUACUCCGCUUAUGCUGCCGCUCCUUAUGCUGCUUACUCCGCUUAUGCUGCACCCGCUGUGGCCACCUACUCUCACGCUGCUUACUCCGCUCCAGUUGUCUCGACUUACUCUCAUCUUGCCGCUCCAGCUGUCUACAGCGCACCAGUUGCCCGCGUCGCUGCUGUAGCGCCUGUAGCUCCAGUCGCCUACACCGCGCCAGUUGUGUCGACUUUGUUGAAGAAGAAGUAA